AAAGCCACCGCGCAUUCCCCAUACUCGUCGCCAUUUUAAGGAGUCGAUCACCGUAGCGCGUUCUCUGUGGUAUCUACCUAGAAUGUCUCAUGAUAGAUUCAGGAGCCGUGGCGGCAUGGGUGGUAUGGGCGGAGGAGGAAUGGGGUUGAACAUUUACCGGCGGGGCAGCGGCGGCCGAGGCAUGGGCGGCAUGUCCAACUACCGCGGUCAGGGGGGGUACAUGGACUCGAAUCGCGGCCCGGGCGGCUAUCAGCAACAGCAGCAGAAGCAGCAACAGCAGCAGCACAAGCCACAGCAGCAGCCGCCCGCAGCACAGAAGCCCGCACCGGAGCCGCAGCCCGCCGCUAAGGAGCCGCCGAAGCCCGCUCAGACCCCGCAGCCCCCGGCCUCCAAAACCCCCGCCCCUCAGACACCGGCCGCGUCGCCGCAGGCCAAACCGGCCCAGUCCCCUCAGCAGAAGCCCGGGAACACGUCCCAGCAGCCAUCUGUGACUCAGAAGGCGGCUACCCCGAAUCAGGCCCAGACACCGGUACCGAAAGUCUUGUCCCCGCCAAGCCAGCCUCCUGCGCCGCAGAAGCCGGUGCAGGCCCAGGCGCCAGCACAGCAGCAACCGCCCCCCAAGCAGCAGACCCCACAGCAGCAGCAGCAACCGCCCCCCAAGCAGCAGACCCCACAGCAACUGCCCCCCAAGCAGCAGACCCCACCGCAGCAGCAACUGCCCCCCAAGCAGCAGACCCCACCGCAGCAGCAACUGCCCCCCAAGCAGCAGACCCCACCGCAGCAGCAACUGCCCCCCAAGCAGCAGACCCCACAGCAGCAACAACCGCCCCAGGCGCGACAGCGGCCUGUACCUAAAGUCCAACCCGGACAGAAGAGGCCCCACCAGUCCCGGUUCCAUUCCCAGCCUCCGCCGCAGCCAGAACCCCCGCGGGAGCCCGCUGCUGUGAACAUGGAAGAGGAGGAGGAAGAGGGCGGCUGGAAUGAUGGUGUGAGGGCAACACUGAACCUCCUGAAAAGGCCCGGAGAAAAGACCUACACACAGCGUUGCAGAUUAUUUGUUGGAAACCUUCCCACAGAUAUCACUGAUGAGGAGUUUAAGAAACUAUUUGCGAAAUAUGGAGCUCCUGGUGAGGUGUUCAUCAACAAAAGCAAAGGAUUUGGCUUUAUUAAGCUGGAAACAAGAGCACUGGCUGAAAUAGCAAAAGCAGAGCUGGAUGACUUCCCCAUGAGAGGAAGACAGCUCAGAGUACGUUUUGCCACCCACUCAGCUGCACUCUCUGUGCGCAAUUUGUCUCAGUUUGUAUCAAAUGAACUUUUAGAAGAAGCUUUCAGUCAGUUUGGACCAGUUGAAAGAGCUGUGGUCAUUGUGGAUGAUCGUGGAAGGUCAACGGGAAAAGGAAUAGUAGAGUUUGCAGCAAAACCAGCUGCCAGGAAAGCAUAUGACCGCUGUAAUGAUGGUGUUCUCCUGUUGACAACGACCCCAAUGCCUGUUAUUGUGGAGCCUCUGGAGCAGUUUGAUGAUGAGGAUGGACUGCCAGAGAAACUUGCUCAGAAGAAUCAUUUAUAUCAAAAGGAAAGAGAGAUCCCUCCUCGGUUUGCCCAGCAUGGUUCCUUUGAGUUUGAAUAUUCUCAAAGAUGGAAGUCUUUAGAUGAAAUGGAGAAACAACAAAGGCAGCAAGUGGAGAAAAAUAUGAAAGAAGCGAAGGAGAAGCUUGAAAGUGAGAUGGAAGAUGCUUUCCAUGAACACCAAGCUAAUCUAUUGCGGCAAGAUUUGAUGAGGCGCCAGGAGGAACUCAGACGUAUGGAGGAAAUGCAUAACCAAGAAAUGCAGAAGCGUAAGGAAAUGCAGUUGAGACAAGAGGAGGAGCGACGCAGACGUGAGGAAGAAAUUAUGCUACGACAACGUGAAAUGGAGGAGCAGAUGAUGCGCCAAAGAGAAGAGGGCUAUCGAAUGAGCUACAUUGAUCCUAGAGAACGUGACAUGCGCAUGGGAACAAAUUCAAUGUCCAUGGGAGACCCUUAUGGCACCACAGCACAGAAGUAUCAAUCCCUUGGGUCAACUAGUAUGGGGUAUGAGGGCAGUCCUGGCGUCACCCAGGCAGCAAUUGCCACAUCUCUGAUGGCAAGUGACAUGCGUAAUGAUCGGUUUGCCCAGGGCAAUGCAGGGACCCCCAAUGCGCAGGCUUCCAGAGCGAUUGGGACUGUGCCUCCUGCUGCAACAGCAGGUGCUGGAAGUUAUGGGAGGGGGAGAGAAGAAUAUGAAGGGCCAAACAAGAAACCUAGGUUCUAGAGGUUUCCUUCCAAAUUACUUUUUUUGUUUAAAUUUUUUUUAAAUUGUUGCAAUUUUAGUGAGAUGACCUUUUUAUGGAUGCUCAGUUACUUGACCCAGUAUUUGUGAAGCCAGUUAGUAUAUAUGCAGCUUUGAUUUGUUGCACACAUUUCCCCAUUUGUUUUAUGGCAGUAUGUUGAAUUCCCCUAGUCGUUUUUUUUUUGUAUAUAAUUUUUUAACUGUGCUUGAAACAUACUGGAUGCUACACAAUGUUCUUGACAUUACUAUUUUUGGAUUAGACCUCAAAUUGCAAAAAAACCCUUUUGAUCCUGACUAGCUUGACAAACACAGCAUGAUUUGCUUUGCUUCAAGGAUGCCAUCCAGAGACUGUAAGUCCAGAUAGGCAGCUCAAAACCAACCCUAUUUACCAGCGUGCAGCAGAAACGUAGCUGUCUCUGGUAUGGGUCAAGCUAGUCUGUUUCUUGGCUGUAUGUGGGUUGCAUCUCCAAGGCUCCUGGGUUAGAUCUAAUAUUUCACUAAUCUUUGUGUUUGGGUAUUGUGACUUGAGCAAAAGCUCCAUGAAAACUGUCCUUGUAAUCCGUUGUAUUAAACUUGUAAAUUAAAAAAAAAUCAAAAAAACUUGCUGUGUUGGGAUGGGGUUACAUUAUUCAUGGUUUUCAAGAAUUGAUCGUCCUCGGGUGGGUUUUUAUAAGAUGACCUAUUGUGUAAACUAAAUUCAAUUCUUAUGUCUUUUUUUUCUGUUAUCCAUAAACCUGUUCAUUUAAUCUUUGAGAUUAUAAAUUGAACAGCUCGAAAACAGAUGUUUGAGGUAACUUGUAAGCUUAAAUAAUGACUGCCAGUGAUGUCUUUUUGCAGGAAAGGGUGUUUCAGGCUGAUGCCGGACUACAGCAAUAUAGGGGCAUAUUAAAUUUGCAGUGGGACUUACCAUUGGUAUUUAGCUUCUAGGUCAGGUGCCUGUAACUGUUAAUUACUACCCAUGGUAAGCCCUUAGGAUGCACUUAAUGCAAAUUUCUGAUCACAUCCCUGAGGUACAAGCAGAAAGGGUACAAUAAGAGCAUCCGCAGGCUUAACGCAAGAGUAACUGCCUGCCUCUGGGCACUUACCAUGUAUUAAUUGUGGGAUGUUGGGCUUACUGUGAGAAUUUAAUAUCUCCGGGCACUAAACCUGGGAGCUGUAAGUCCUAUGGCUAAUUGAAUAUACCCCAUAAAGUAGAUGUUUUUGGCAUUCCUGUGGUUCAUUUUCCUGUGACUUUGUAUUGACAAACACGUGGUAGCAACAGGUAUAACAUACCUGGAUUAUGACCUUUGUGUGGAAAAUCAAAUUCCCCCACAAAGCAGAAUUAUCAGCUAAAUGGUCCACGAAAACCAGUACUUUAUAAACCUCCCCUGUAUCCCUCUAGUCUUGCAGCCUGACAGGCUUGUGAGUCUCAGUCUUUUAAACUUGACUGCCUACUUCAGUUUUCAGUUGUCUAAGGGAGAGCAACUUUUUGGUAUCCUGUACCUUGGUAGCAGUCUGGAUUCAAAUGUAGCUCUCCCAUCCCCCCAGAUAUAAAAAAAAAAAAAAAAGUGGGUUAUGUUGGUAAUCAGAAUUCCAAUAUAAAGUAAAAAUUACUUUUUUCUGUAAAUGUUUAAUGCUCUUAGAAGUUCUUGCAAAUGACAGAUGUUGCACAGUCAUUUUCCAGUCUAUAUCCUCAGUCCUAUACUUUUGUAGGUAUUAAUACUUAAAGUCUAAGGUUACAGUUAAACAGAGGUACAAGGUGCAGAACUUGUGCAUGUCUAUGGAGACUGGUUAUGUCCACUUAAUGGUGCAGUAUUUUGUGGAAAUUGCUGGUCUUGUGCAUUAAUUCUGCUUUUUAUAGCCGUGUAGCUAACUAAUUUGAAUAAGCAAAAGUGCAGUCUGUUCUAUUUUUUUUUCUUUUUUUUUUUUCUUCUGUAUCCAUCCUCUUGAUGCAUGUAAUGUGCAUAUUUUAUAAACCUAUCCAGACCCUCCCUGCACUGUGAAACACUGAUACAGUGUGCUGCGAUACAGGAAAAACAUAAUUGGGAGACACUGGCUGGUUUUUCUUCAAGGUUAAUUAUGUCUCUUUAAAUUUCAGUGUCUUGGAAAAUGUGUAUACCUCAGCAAUGAUGUCCCAGGAGUAGGCAAUCUUUCACGCAGUACUCUGUAUCUAUAAGCCCACAGCCACCAUAAUGGUUUAAGUUCUGUAUUGGUUUCAAUCCUAUCUGUAAGCACUGUACCUAUACAAGUUGUCGUAAUGUGGAUGGAAGUGUGUAUUCCAUACACUAGACAAAAAAGAAAAUAAUUAGGUGAACCGGCACUCUGGGUAAACUGUUCUCUUAAACUGGACCCCGUUUUAAGGCAGGGCCAUGCUUACCAUUUACAUAGGUUUUAUUCCAUUUGUUCUUUGGAGCACAUGUGUUUCAAUGAGCUUUUAUUAAUUAGCACCCACUUGUCAUUUGAAUUCAUGGUAACUUGUGAAAACUAUAGAACCAUGUCAACUAAUUAAAGUAUUAAAGUUGUUUUUUCCAAAAUUAUGAAAUUAAGCUUGGUUAUUGGCAGAACUGUGGCAUUAUUUGUGCCAUACCCUUAAGUCUUUCUGAAAAUUAAGAUUCACUACUGGCUAGUUUGAAUAUUCAGAGGCCCUAUAAGUUCUCAUUGAUAAGGUAUUUUACUUUUAAAUAUACUAUGACUGGAACAUAUCAGUUGAUUUUGCUUUUCCACAUCGCUAAAUGGCAUCCUAUUUGAAAGCAUGAAGUUAUUUUAAGAGCAAUCCUGCUUACUGGAAAGUGGUAUAAUUACAUUUAUCAAGACAACACAGCCUUUACAAAGUAUUGGCUGGCUUAACCUUUAGUGCCCUAUUAGAGCCUAAGUUUAGUGUUUAUCUGCUGUAAAGCAGUGAUUUUAACAAUGGAGUUUACCAACAACCUUUCAAGACAACUAAUUCCUUGUUACAGUCUUUUAAUCUUCAUCAUGGCAGACUUAAAUGAAUCGGCAGUGAUUUUGUUGGCAGCCAGUGACACGGGAAUAUAUUCACUGUAUUUUAAUGGAGUUUUAGCCACUUCAAUUGCACUUUACAAUCUAGUGGCCGCCUGUAGCAAGCAAUUCUGCAGUGCAUAACUUUGAGGAACAUAGUGCUACCAAUGGACUGUAGGAUCCCGGAUGUAGUAGUCCCGCUUCAAGAUGCUCAGUGCUGACGGCGUUCAGGUAUGGAAUCUGGAUACUGGCUGACAUCAACUGCUAAGUUUUUGACUUAAGGAUUAGUGAAAAUGUCAUCCAGUUUGGCCUGCACGGUUUUCAACAAAGUGGCAAUAAAUGAGGAGCAAUCUGCAGCAUUUUGGAUGGAUUAUUUUAAUAAAUGAUUUUGGUAAA